AUUUUAUUGUAUUAAUAAUAAAAUUUCUGCCGGUGGUUCUAUUAUUAAAUUUAGUUAAUUUUAAGUUACUUUUUUUUCUCUGCUCCUUUUCUCUUUAGUUCUUUCUGGUUUUGCUAGGGUUUUGUUGUUAAUGGAUUAAUUAGAUAGUUUUUUUUUUUUUUGUGUGCGCGGUCCUUUUGAUGAGAAUUCGCAAGAAGCGUUCCACCACAGUAGCUGUGGUAUUGGCCACCGACCAAUUGGGAAAUGUUUGUAACUGGUGUGGCGAGGCAAUCGAUCCAAGCGAGGGCGAUGGAGGUAAUUUGGAGGAGAGGGGUCUCUCGCUCUCGUCUUGUCUCCGUGUUAGCGGUGAAAAGGCACGUACUUUUCUCUUGCGGGUUUUGGUUCUUACUUUCCUCUGUUCUUUCGCUCAGCCAGUGGAAAGCCAUGCUUCUCUUCGUUGUUCGUCGCUUCCACCCCCAAGCUGCACAGGAGGAGAUGAUUCGAAGAGUUCUGCGGCGGAGGAGGCGGCGGCUGGAACACCAAUAUCUCAGUUGCUGCGCAUGGUCUUCGCCCAGACUCCAAAUGCGAGCCUCACUCCUCGCCAGGCCUUGGCACGAAUGAUGAUCUCGGGGCUCUGCGGCGGCGAGGAGCCGGCUCUUGUGCUGGAACAGGUUGCGACGACCAUGAGCACGGAUCCUUACUUCCUACAGCUCAAGCGCGGGCGGUUUCGCGUGAGGAAUAACGCUGACGAGAUGGACGAUGGUACGCUCCCGGUGCCACAGACGCCGAGAGCCAUCCCGAAAACUUUGAGGCUGCUGGACGGAUUGCCUGACUUGGAGCCUGCCGAUGUUCAAGGAGGCGAGACGCUGUGCUCCUGCAAAAACGGGAAUGGUUGGAAGUGUUCACAGAAAGCAAAGCCGGGGUACCUUUUGUGCGAGCACCACUUGGAUCUAAACUUCAGGAGAAAAAUGAGAAGGGUCAGUCGCAUGAAGGACGAGCUUACGUCCAGAAUGAAACAAAAGAGUCACUACCUUGACAAGCUAAGUUAGUUCUAAGGAGUUUUCCUGUACAACAAAAUCCUCAAGAGAUAUAUUUUUGCACGGCGAA